GGGUGUCUCUGUCUUCUGUGACCUCAGAAAGUGACUAUGCAAUUCCUCCAGAUGCAUAUUCAGUAGAUACAGACUAUUCGGAGCCAGAGCAGAAGCUUCCUAAGACCUCUUCCUCAUCUAGUGAUAAUGGCAAAAAUGAACCUUUGGAAAAAUCCGGAUACCUGUUAAAAAUGGGUGGUAAAGUAAAGACGUGGAAACGACGGUGGUUUGUGCUUAAAGGAGGUGAAUUACUAUACUACAAAUCUCCAAGUGAUGUCAUUCGAAAACCUCAAGGUCAAAUUGAGCUAAAUGCAUGUAGCCACAUUGAAAGGGGCGAUGGAAAACAAACAAUUCAGCUGACCACAGAAAAACGAACAUACUACCUGACUGCAGAUUCGCCCAACAUCUUAGAAGAAUGGAUCAAAGUACUGCAGAAUGUUCUUAAAAUUCAGGCUGCCAGCCCACUUUUCAUACAGCCUGAAAUCAAGCCAACCAUGAAAGGAUUACUUACAAAGGUGAAACAUGGAUAUUCCAAAAGAGUUUGGUGUACCCUAGUUGGAAAAAUUCUGUAUUAUUUCCGUAAUCAAGAAGACAAGUUUCCUCUUGGUCAAAUCAAGCUUUUUGAGGCGAAGGUUGAAGAAGUUGACAGAUCAUGUGAUUCUGAUGAAGAUUAUGAGGCCAGUGGUCGCAGUUUAUUAUCAACACAUUACACUGUUGUUAUCCACCCCAAAGAUCAAGGACCCACUUAUCUUCUUAUAGGAUCCAAACAUGAGAAGGACACAUGGCUGUAUCAUCUGACAGUUGCAGCUGGAAGUACCAGUGUAAACGUUGGAUCUGAGUUUGAACAACUUCUUUGCAAAUUAUUAAACAUGGAAGGCGAUACCA